GAUUCAAAAAUAACAAUUAUGGACUCGGGUUCAGAGAAAAAAUUUCCUCUCAAUGCAAAAGACUACAAGUUACAUGAAGAAAUUGGAGAUGGUGUCAGUGCGACUGUGCACAGAGCUUUGUGCGUACCGCUUAAUGAGGUAGUUGCUAUCAAGGUUCUUGAUCUGGAAAAGUGCAACAAUGAUCUGGAUGGGAUCCGGAGAGAGGUGCAAACAAUGAGCCUGAUCAACCAUCCAAAUGUGUUGCAAGCUCAUUGCUCAUUUACCGCUGGGCACCAGCUAUGGGUUGUGAUGCCAUACAUGGCUGGAGGAUCCUGUCUCCAUAUAAUAAAGUCUUCUUAUCCAGAUGGAUUUGAGGAACCUGUUAUUGCUACUUUACUCCGUGAGACUCUGAAAGCUCUUGUAUAUCUUCAUGCUCAUGGACAUAUCCACAGGGAUGUGAAGGAGAUAGACAACGUUCCAGAAAUACAUUCGUUGGGACUCCAUGCUGGAUGGCUCCUGAAGUCAUGCAGCAAUUACAUGGAUAUGAUUUCAAGUAAAGCAGAUGUAUGGUCAUUUGGAAUAACGGCACUUGAAUUGGCACAUGGCCAUGCCCCAUUUUCUAAGUAUCCGCCAAUGAAAGUUUUGCUGAUGACCUUACAAAAUGCACCUCCGGGACUCGACUAUGAGAGAGACAAAAGAUUCUCAAAAGCCUUCAAGGAAAUGGUGGGUACAUGCCUAGUGAAGGACCCAAAGAAGCGUCCAACUUCAGAAAAGCUUUUAAAGCACCCUUUCUUCAAACAAGCACGUCCACCCGAUUACCUUGUUCGAACAAUUCUAAAUGGUCUGCCUCCAUUAGGUGAACGAUAUAGAACCAUAAAGUCAAAGGAAGCUGAUCUUCUAAUGCAAAACAAGUCUGAAUACGAAGCCCACUUAUCACAGGCAAGGAUUAAGAAACAGAGAUUUCACCCUUCUGUUGACAAUAUUCUGGAAAAUCAAGAAUACAUAAGGGGAAUAAGCGCUUGGAAUUUCAAUCUCGAGGACCUAAAGAAUCAGGCUGCCCUUAUUUCAGAUGAUGAUAGCUCACAUGCUGAAGAGCCUGAUUUCAACAGAAAGCAAUGUGAAAGACAGGAUGAAUCUGCUCUCUCUCCUGAAAGGGACAGUAGCUCAGCAACAGCUCCCAGUCAAGAUGACGAGCUGAACGACAUUCAUGAUUUAGAGAGUUCUUUCGCCUCGUUUCCAAUCAAACCUCUUCAAGCACUCAAAGGGUGCUUUGAUAUCGGCGAGGACGAGGAUAAUGCAACUACUCCUGAUUGGAAAGAUGCGAACCUAAUGAGUUCCGGACAACAGCAUCUAACGAAAGCUUCUAUUGGAUCUCUGUCCCACACCACAAAAGAAGAGGACACUGCAACACAAAACACUUCUUUACCACGUCAUGUCAUUUCUGAACAGAAAAAAUAUUCGAGCGGUUCAAUUAUACCAGAGAGUAAUUUCUCUCCAAAAAGAAACUCAUCCGAUGCUGACAGGGAGAUUCAACAGCGUAGAUAUCAGACAGAGCGGAGCUACAGUGGAUCAUUGUAUCGCAGCAAGAGAGAUGCAGUGGAUGAGACGUCAGAAGCCCCGCAUGUGGAGCACAAGGGACGGUUUAAGGUCACAUCAGCAGAUCUGAGUCCCAAGGGAUCCACAAACUCUACAUUCACGCCGUUUGGUGGUGGCUCAAGUAGCCCGAACUCCCUCAAUGCUACGACCGCCUCAAUCCUCCCAUCAAUUCAGUCGAUUUUGCAGCAAAACUCUAUGCAACGGGAAGAGAUUUUGAGACUAAUCAAAUACGUGGAGCAAACCUCUGUCAAGCAACCUGGAUCACCUGAGACAAGCAUCGAUGAGCUAUUGCAGACGCCUGCUGCAACGCCGCGAGAGAGAGAACUUCAGUCCCAAGUCAUGCUACUACAACAAAGGUACACAUACAUAUAUCCAUUUCUGAUUACCAACAAUGAAUUUAACUUGGAAAUCUCUGAAGUUGGAGAAUCAGUUGAACGCAUUAACACACAGAAACGAUUGAGUCUCGCAAGAGAUCGAGACAACAAAUCAGAAGCUCAGGAUGAAACUGUGGACCUUAAGUAA